UGUUAUUAAAAGUAUAGUAAUAAAUAAAUAAAUAAAUAAAUAAUUAAAUUGUUUUAAAAUGUCAGUAGAUAGUCAAAAAGUAAAAUUUUUCUUUGGUAAAAACUGCUCCGGUGAAUCAUUUGAAUACUCCAGAGGCCAAACUGUACGUUUCAACGCUGGAGACAAAUGGAAUGAUAGAUUCAUGAGCUGCAUUGUUGGAAGUGCUGUCCAAUGUAACAUUUGGGAACAUAAUGAAAUUGAUACUCCAACUCCAGGAAAAUAUGCUCUUUUACAACCAGGAUCAACAACUAAUGAUCUCACCUUCAUUAAUGGUUUAUCUAAAUUCCAAAUUCUUCCAAGAGACUUUAACUAUGCCAUUGAUUUCAAGAUUGAAAAGGGUAGUAGUCUUACAAAAGAAUAUGAAAUGACCCUCAUCCCAUACCAAGUUAGUCCAGCCAAAAAUACAACUGGUCAUGAUUAUGUUCAAUGUCCAAUUCCAAAACUCACCCCACCAGAGAGUGAAAUUGUUUGUCAAGUAUCUUGUAAAGAAACAGCUUGGCCAGGUGCUACCGUUGCUAAUGGAUCUAUUUAUUUUAAAUAUUCUCCAUCCACUGGUCAAGUUUCAUUCCGUAAGACUGAAGGUUUCCCACAUAAUAUGGCCAUUAAACAAGAUGAUAACACUUCAUUUAUCUUUACUUUAAAUAGUGAACAAUAAAUUAGUGUUGGUAAAAAAAUUUAACUCAAACUCAUAAUUAGAGUGCUUUUAAAAUAUAAAUAAAUUUUUUUCCUUAAAUAUUUAAAA